UUCAACUUUACGCUUUAGUUUGCGUCGAGGUUUUGAUGAAUAAAAAGAUAACGGUGUUUUGUCUGAAUUUUACUUCGUGUGUGAUAAAUGUUUUAUUGAAAUAAAAUUUGUUUAUUUAUUUAAAAAGAAGAUAACUAAAGUUCUGGUUUUGAGUGCAUUGUUUUGAUUUCAAAUCGAUAUCAAGAAUUUAUAAUUGAAAUGGCAUCACUAAGUUUUUUAGAUAUGGUGAAAUUGACCUUCAAAAUCAUAGGAUAUAAACUUCAGCAAAGUUCUCUAACUACAAAUGAAACAAUUGAAGUUCUAACAACCAAAGGCCCUAUUCGAGGCGUUAAAAGGAAUUCCGUUUACGGCGACUCAUAUUUUAGCUUUGAAAAUAUUCCAUUUGCCAAACCUCCAUUGGGAGAACUUCGAUUUAAGGCCCCACUGCCUCCAGAUCCAUGGACCAACGUAAAAGACUGUACUCAACCCUGCGAAAAACCUCUUCAAGAGAAUUUUGUUUUUACAAAAUGCAAAGGAUCCGAAGAUUGUUUGUAUCUUAAUGUAUUUACAAAAAAUGUGAAACCAGAAAAGCCUGCACCAGUUAUGAUAUGGAUAUAUGGUGGCGGUUUUCAAAUUGGUGAAGCUUCAAGGGACAUUUAUGGGCCAGAUUAUUUAAUGGCUAAAGAUGUUGUUUAUGUAUCAAUAACUUAUAGAUUGGGACCAUUUGGAUUUCUUAGUCUCAAAGAUCCUAAAUUAAACAUACCUGGCAAUGCUGGAUUGAAAGAUCAAAUUAUGGGAUUAAAAUGGGUCAAAGAAAAUAUUUCAAGAUUUGGUGGAGAUCCAGAUAAUGUGACUCUUUUUGGAGAAAGUGCUGGUGGAACAUCAACUCAUCUCCUAAUGAUUUCUCACCAAGCCAAAGGACUCUUCCACAAGGCUAUCGUUCAAUCUGGCAGUGCACUGUGCCAUUGGGCAAUGCCACCAGUUAAUAAUUGGCCAUAUCGAUUAGCUACUUCAUUAGGAUAUACUGGAGCAGAUGAAGACCAGGCUGUGCAUGAGUUUUUGUCCAAAGCAAAUGGUCCAGAUAUUGUCAAGGCUGCUGUUAGAAUAACAAAUAAGGAUGAAAAAAGAAAUCGCGUCUUAUUUGCUUUUGCUCCAACAAUAGAGCCUUAUGAAACAGAAGACUGCGUUAUUUUUAAGGCACCUUUGGAGUUAAUGAAAACUACAUGGAGCAAUGACAUUCCACUCCUGAUUGGCGGAAAUUCACACGAAGGACUUCUUUUUCUUCCAGAGAUUCGCAGAAGACCGAUUACACUGGACGAAGUUAAAAAUUGUGAAUAUCUUGUUCCGAAUGACCUAGGUUUGGAGAGAAAUAGUGAAAAAUGCCAAGAAUUUGGUUUAAGACUUAAAAAGGCGUAUUUUGGUGAUGAAGGAUGCAGUUUAAAAACCUCAAUGCAAUACCUCGAGUUACUUUCAUAUAAAAUGUUCUGGCAUGGAAUAUCACGCACAGUUCAGUCUCGUUUAGAGUACAGCAAAGCACCAACAUAUCUGUAUCGUUUUGAAUUCGACUCACCAUUUUUCAACCAGAUUCGUAACUUAAUAUGCGGCAAGGGACAUACUGGAGCGUGUCAUGGUGAUGAUAUUUGCUAUCUUUUUUACAAUACAUUCUCGUGUAGAUUGUCAAAGGAUACCCCAGAGUAUAAAACCAUCGAAAGAAUGAUUGGCAUUUGGACCAGUUUUGCCCAAAAUGGUAGUCCCAAUUGUGAUGUUAUAAGUGAUGUUAACAUUCAACCUUUGGAGAAAAAUGAAUAUCCUCUCAAGUGUUGCAAUAUAUCAAAUGAAGUUCAAAUUAUUGAUUUGCCAGAAGCUGAAAAAUUGAAAAUAUGGGAUAGUAUGUAUGAAAAGGCUCAGUUGUAUGGAAAAACAUAAGAAAAUUAAUAAUAAAUAAUUCGUGGAAUGCAAAGUGAUGAGUGCAUCAUUAUUCGAGAUGUUCAAACUACCUCCCAGUUUAGAUGUAUUUAAAUAUAUGUUUAUUUAAUAGAUGUUUUUUUUUUUUGUAAUG